UUUAUUGGGGAUAUUAAUCUAUAUUAGUAUAUGUUUAAAAAAGAGUAAUUGAUUUUUUUAUUGGAUAGUCAUUGGAUAUUAAUCUAAGUAAAUAGAUAAGAGUCAUUGGAUAAUAUAUGUUUAAAAAAAUUUCAUUCUUUUUAAGUCGCGGCGGAUAUCUACUCAAGUAAAAAAGAGUAAUUGAUUUGGUUAUGUCGUUUUUGAAAUUCCAAUAUAGUUAAUGGUUAUAUGUGCUAUUAUCCAUUAAAACAGUGACCAAACUGCAAUUACCGCAUAAAGAUGGUUCCAGGGAAAAAAAAUUAAAUCCAAAAUCAAAUUAGCUGUCAAACUACGACGUCGUGUCGACUCACUUUCCCGCCAUCUCUCUCAUCGUCGUCUUCUUCUCCCAGAAAGCCCUAGCUCACAGAAACCCUAGACUGGAAUUGCUCUUUUUUUCUUUUAUCUGUGAAGAUGGCAUCGCUAAGCUGGAAGCACCACACGCUAAUACAGGCUUUGAUUUCGCGAGGCCCUCUCAAGGAGAAAGAGUUUCAUUCAAUCUUCACCGGCGUCACCGGCAGAAACCCAGGAGAUGCUAAGAAGAUAUUUGACAAGUACCUUCUCGAGAUAAACAAAGAGCUCUCUUAUGUUCAUUUUGAGCUGAGGGCUUGUAGAGAUCAGUAUGAUGGCCAUGUUUGUUACGGAGUUGUCAACACUGUCUCCGAUGAUCAAUCCAAACUCGGCACUAAGUACUCCGUUCCUCAGAUUGCCUUCUUCAAAGGCAUUAUAGAAGCAAUUGCACAUGAUGAAGCUGCUCAAGGUUGCAUAUCAGGCUUUGAUGCCCUCAAUAUCCGAUUGGAGAACCAGGUACCAAGUGAAGCCAGUAGCAGUCAACAGCAAGUCCCUCCUGCAUUCAGAAACUUUUCAAUGUCGCAAAAGGACAAAACUCUCGAUGAACUCGUGAAGGACAACUGGCUAUGCCGCACAAGAGACGGUAACAACAUUGGACUUGGUAUAAGAUCUCUUCUUGACCUGCGUAGUUGGUUCAGGAGCAAUGAUGUUCCUUCUUGCGAGGUUUGCAAUGAAGCUGGAGUAAAGGCGGAUUUGUGUCCAAAUGAAGGUUGUACGGUCCGGAUACACAAGUACUGCCUCAAAAACUUGUCGUCUCAAAGGGAUGAUAGAGUUUGUUCUGGUUGCGGGAAGCCAUGGCCGUUGGGUAGAGUUGCAAAAGAAGAAGCUGUUGAAGCAGCAUUGAAUGAUGAUGAUGAGGAGGAAACCGAUACUCAAGCGACAUCCUUAAGAUCCAAGAAAAGAAAAAUAAGGAGGCACAGGGACUCGGCUGAAAACGUUUCUUCACAAGCUUCCUUAGCCUCGAGUAGUGGUAUCACUAGGAGAAGAGUAACUCGUAGCGCUGCACACUUGAGUUAAACGUUUUAGGUCGGAGGUUUUAGAGCUUAGAUGUAUAUUUUGAUGCAUGUUUCUAUGUCCAAACAUCAUUGGCAAUUUGGUCUUGUCUAAUGUAUUCUUUUAUGGAACACUAAUGGAGUUAAAACUCUUUGGUUUGAAGGCUAUAACAUAUUUAAAUGGUUUUAUUUUUUUA